AUGUCGCAGUGGCAGUCCGCAGCCCCACUUGGCACACCAACAUCCAGCAGCCCACAAAGCAAAGGACAAGAAAUUAUGGAAUAUCAUGGGGGCACCAAUUCAAUGACAAUUCUCAGUGAGGUUCUAGGCCGUGCACCGCCAAAGAGACUUGUCAGAAUAGUGCUUCGAGAUCCUGGAUCUGAUCCACGGCAUCAAUUGGAGAGCACUGGGCUUGAUGAUGCAGAUAUAGAGUAUCUACAACGCAAAGGAGCGCUCGAUUUACCACCACCUCAUUUAUGUGAUGAGUUUCUCCGUCUCUAUUUUCAAUUCGUCUACAUCUAUGCCCCUGUCAUCGAUCGAAUCCAGUUCCUGAGAGACUACCGCAAUGGAACCGUGUCAAAGUUUCUUUUCUACAGCAUUCUAGCAAGUGUUACACCCUACGCUCCCACUAAUUUGAUCCGAGAUAUUGGUUUCGAGAAUUAUCAGUCCGCUCAGAAGACCUUUAUUGACCGCGCCCGACUCCUCUAUGACGUUGGGGUUGAGAAAAACCAGCUUCACCAACUUCAAGGAUCUCUGGUCCUUAGCCACUUAUAUGUUUCAUUAUAUACAGAAAAGGACUAUCGGUACUGGCUAUCAAAUGCAGUGCGGAUUGCGACCAAAAUGGGACUCCAUAAGGAAGAAGUCGGCAAGAACGCGGGGCUUCCUCUCCGCAAACUCCUCAGGCGUGUGUGGUGGGUUUUGUACAAUCGCGAUGCACUCCUCGUGUUCAAUGGCCUCGACAACUUACGGCGGAUCCAUGAUACAGACUUUGACACCUUAGAGCUCACGCUAGAGGAUUGGGAUAAUGGAACAAUCCCAGAGGAAUUCGAAGAUAUUCUACAGCCAGUUACAAAGUUGCACAAGAGCUUUCUGGUGGCGAGUUGUCAAUUGUCAUUAAUCACGUCCCAGGUCAUGCAGACAAUGACACGAACUCCAGUAUGGUCGGAAACUACCUGGGAUGAACUAGAGAAAAAAAUAUUACGUUGGCAGAAAGAUAUUCCACCAGAGUUGCAUUGCUCUGCAAAUCACGAGUGGGGUGUUGACAAUUUCUGGGUGCUUGUGCUCGAGGCGCGAAUUCAUGUUUUUAAAUGCAUGGUGUACCGUACAGCCCGAGAUGCCUUCAAAUCACGAAACCUGGACAUAUCGCAUCGUGCAACACAGAAACUACACCACGCGAUGCUCGAACUUGAUACUAUCAUUGAUCGGAUUAUGGUGCAUGGCUUGGUAGAAUAUUGUCCCAUGUUCCUAUAUAAUUGCGCCUCCACAAUCAUAGCUCUCCACAUUGAGCGAGCUAUAGGUCAAGCCCAGGAUAUCCAAAGUAAACUACUCGCCUCUUUACGGAUCCAAACUGAUCUUGAAUUUCUUCGAAAACUUUCCAGAUCAUGGUACCCCAUUAAUUGGGCAGUCCAGAUGUUUGAGGUGGUUAUACAACGCACUGGUCUCUCGGUGGCAAUUGCUGGGGAACAAGCCUUCCAAUGUGGCACUCAGGACCCCUUCAAUUGCAAUGAUGGCGGGGACCCAGGUCAUACAGCGGACUUUAAUGGCGAUUCAUAUUUAUCGUCGGCAGGCCUGUGGAACCUUGAUCUUGGGAUCGAUAUCCCGUUUCCUGGAUUUGAGAGGUCUGUGGGAUUGAUGAAUGGAGAAAAUAUGUUUCCGGAUUUCUUGUCUCGGGAUCAAUGGAACAUACCUAUGUAA